CUUACUUGUUGCUUGCAGCUUCAAACUAUACCAGUUUUUAAUAACUGACGGCAUGGGGUACGGCCGGCCAAUAUUUUAUGCGUUUCUGCGUCGGGAAGAUUACGCAUCAUUGCUUACGUUGUUCGAAGCGUUUCGGGAUAUCAUGGGUCAUGAUAUUCCCGUCCGCACAAUAAUGAUGGACAAAAUGGCCGCUCAAAUACGUGCGGCGCGCGCCGUUUUUCAAUGCGACAUUUUGUUGUGUUACUUCCACAUCCGCCAGGCCAUCAGGAAGCAUACAAACAUUAACCGGUCGCGUUAUCUGUUUCAUCGCAUGGCAACUUCUGACACGGAGACUGAAUUUCAACAAGAUUUGAAGCUCCUUCAAAGAACAGACCCCCACUUUGUGCGCUACCUUACGUUGUACUGGUUGUACAUAAAACGCUCGUGGGCGAAACACGCACAAGCUGGACUGGUGCAUUUUGGCAAUACAACGAACAACCGAGUUGAGAAUGCCAACUUGCGAUUGAAGAAAGUUACCCAUGCAUCGGAUGGCCUUGUUGCAGCCGUUCGCAAAGUCUGGGCGCAUUCGGAAGUUCUCCUGAAAGAGUCCCAGAUGCAUGCCGCGUUUUUCUGUGACAGGCGUCAGCUACUAGAAGGCAGCGCAUAUGUUCAUCGCGUAGUUUGCCUCUUAACUACGUACGCAUGCAACUUAGUGAUGCGCCAUUUAGCACAACCCAUGUUACAAGCAGUUUACUCGGACCUUGGAGAUGGAGUGUUUGAGAUAUCGCACCAGGGAAACCGCUUCACCAUCGAUUGCUCCUUGGGAACAUGUACCUGUCCUUUUUAUGAAACCAUGUGGCUUCCGUGUGUGCAUUUAAUGACGGCAUACAAGCAGCACGCGUAUCCGACAAGCCAAAUACCUAUUUGCAUCCGCUGGCUGGCGGACUACAACCUACCCACAGAGUCCAUGCCGUUGCGGACGUUGAAAGUCCCCGUUACGAAACCAUCUACGUCUAAAAUUGCACAUCUUGUACAUCGUCUGAGAAGUGCUGAAGAGGUUAAUCCAUCCGGAUUUUCGGAACUGUAUCAAGAGCUAUUGCGAAGGACUAACGAAAAACAACCGCGUUGGCCGAAAAUUAUGGCGCCCACAGAUUUGUGUUUCACAUGCAGCAAGCCUGUUGUGAUUGACGCAGUUCGCUGUGCGCACAAUCGGUUACUUUACC